GCAUCAUCACCAUCAGCAGCAGCAGAGUCGGCCGAAGAGGAGAAGGAGGAGGAAGAGGAGGCGGAGCAAUGCCCACCGGCCCCCGGGACCAGAGCCGCGGGGGCUCGGACGCGUGGCGGCGCUGCUGACGGAGCCGGAGCCACGGACAGAGCGACCGACAGACGGAGGGAGGGAAAGAGGGACGGCCUGCCUUUCCGGGGCGCACCUCGCCCGAAGAGGAAGAUGGGGAGCCAGGACACGCCGGGCGAGGGAGGAGCGGCUGUGCAGGGGCGCCUCCGGAUGCCCUGAUGUUUGCCCUUCUCUGCAAAUACCGAGUCUAUCUGCAAUUGGCCAAUGCACAGACAGCAGCUGUGAAGCCCCAAUAGGAGAAUGAGUGAGAGGGACAUCCAAAGCUUGAGCAAAGGGGUAUUGGUGCUCUCUCUCUGCCUUAUAAUGCUAUGGGGAAGGCUGACACUGGCCUCAUCACAUCACAGAAGCCAUUCAGUGCACAUAGAGCCUGGCACAUGCGAAGUCAUUGCUGCCCAUAGAUGUUGCAAUAAGAACAAGAUUGAAGAACGCUCACAAACAGUGAAAUGUUCCUGCUUUCCAGGUCAAGUUGCUGGGACCACGCAUGCUGCGCCUUCAUGUGUAGACGCAUCAAUAGUGCUUCAGAAGUGGUGGUGCCAAAUGCAACCAUGUCUAGAAGGAGAAGAGUGUAAGGUGCUACCAGAUUUGUCUGGAUGGAGCUGCAGUACUGGAAACAAAGUAAAGACAACCAAGGUUACCCGGUAGAUUUGGGAAGAUCUACACUUAGCUGGUAUACACUGCGUUGACAUGGCCAGCAUUGUGAAAAUGGCACAACAUGGCUUCUGUUCAGGUGCAAGAUAUUGCUUUUAUGCUCUGCAGAGUUGGAAACAGGAGGACUUCUUUGGCACAGGAUAAAAUGCAGCUGUGAUAUAGGAUGUCUAUUUUUUAUGGGCGCUUUACUGUUCUUCCUUAUCUACAUCUGCUAAGGGAGUGGAAUCACCAUCUGCUCCCUCCUGCUGCAACAGCACCAAGGAUUACAGAAAAGGGUUGAUACCCCAUCUGUGGGUGAAAGCGUGAAAAAAACUCCCUUGGAUUUCAAGAUAAAAUGUUGCAUCAGCUACUGAUUAAGUGCAGCCUCUAAGGUAUUUUACCACCACUUGCUACUAAGUCUUCAAUUAUGGGUCUUGAAUGCAGUUAAAAGAACUCCCUUCUCCACAUUUUCCUUUUAUACCAUGGACAUAUCUGUGAGAAAAAUGUACUAUUUCUUUCCCUCCUGCUCAGUUAAAUGUUGGAGUUGCAUAGAAUCUCAUGAUGGCAACAAAGAAAAAACAGCUUUCCUUCCUUUUACUUCUCCUGUGUUUUUGGUUGGCUAAGGCAAUUGCUGAAAAAAUCAAGGUGAUGAGUGGGUGUUGUAUGCACAUUCGAUUUGAAAAAUAAAAUUAGUGUUUUUACAAAAUUUUUCCCAAUUUGUUGCUUUUCUUGCAGACAGACUUUGUGUUAGGAUUCUGGAAACAAGAAACCAGAUUCUGAUCCUUGGUGAUAAAAAAUUAGAGGAACUUUAAGAAAGACCAUGCAGUUACUCCAACAUUUAUACAACUACAAGCUUCAGAUUCUUUUCCUAGGAUAUGUGAGAAUCUACAGUAUAAGAAACAGUAUAUUACAUCAUGCUUGAAACACAGGAACAAAUAUAAUGUGUUCCCUUUGUUUUCCAUAAGGAACAAAGAAUGCCCCCUCCUGGUCUUUCACAGCUUCCCCUUACCUGCCAUCAUUGUUUAUUCUGAUCAAGUUCAUAAAGUCUUGUCUUUUCUGGGUUUUUUUCAAAGUAAUUCAGUUAAAUUAUUGUUAAAAUUUUGUUCAAAAUAUUACAAAGACUGGGGCUUAUCUUUUUUUUAAAUCUUGGGUCUAGUAGAGUCUGCAUUUUUCUUGGAGGGCUGAAACAACCUAGUUAAUAUAUAGUACUAAAUCAAGACUUGUACCUAGGAACGAUAUAAAUCACAGGUUCCUCUCAGGAACCAAAUCAUUGCUCUUAGUAAUAUGUUUCUCCAAACAAGAAAAUAUUGAGGACUAUGAUAAAAAUGUCAGCUUGUGAUUUCAUUUCUGUUUGCACUAAUAUCAACAUGGUAGGAGUAGCAUUUCCUUGACUCCAGCAAAUUAGGACAAUGUUUGGCAGUAAAGAAAAUCAAGAGACAUUGAAAACUGGUAUAGGUAGUGAAAUUCUCAGUUGCUGAUAUGCAGGAAACCUGGUUCUUAACACAGAAAUAAAUGCCAGAGCCUGCUUAGUAUUUGUAAAAGGUAAUGCCAGGCUUAGAAGGGAUAGUGUUUUUUUAACAUUAGUGAUUAAUUUUUUCCAAGGGGGUUGUUGACAUCCACCCCAAUUUAAUUACCAUCCAUAAAACCUGUUCCAUAUUUUGUCUUAUUAUGGCUACCUUGAUUCAUGAAGGUGUGUUUAUUUAGUUUGGGGCUGGGGCUGAGAAUGAUUGAGCACCUUGUAAGUAUAACCCAAAGUUGAACAUUUCCUUCCAACUAAAAUGAGGAGGAUUUCUGGAGUACCCAGGGAAAAUGGAGCAGAUAAAGAACUGCACUUGAGAACUCUGCCCUGCCAUGUUUUACAGUGGCCUGGCUUCCAUGCUGUGACUGUAUGACCUGCUGACUUUGUUACCUAAAUGUUUUUGUAAUAGACUAUGUUAUACCUGCUUCCAAUGCGAUGUAAAUACCAGACUGUGAAAUAUUAAAGUUUGUUUUAAUCUCUGCAAAA